GCUGUAACAUUGACCCAACCUUCAUCUCAGCCAAAGCUACCUCCAUCUACAUCCUUAUUUACACCUGCGCCACCUUCGGAGGUAAAUAGCGACAUGGUUACUGAAGUUGAUCCGGAAUUGGCUCUCUACUUGAAUCGCAAUUACUGGGCAGGUCGUGCUGCAGCCAAUGCCGAGAGCACUGACUCCUAUAUCUCCGGAUUUACGCCAACCGCACCCACUUUCCCACCUCCAGUCAAUCCAGAUUACGUCCCCAGUGUUGUUGAUACCUCAAGUGAGAGAGCUCAGGAGAUGGCGUCUGUUGAGGUUCCUCCUGAAGGCAGUGUUCUUCCUGGUGUUCCAGCACUGACUUCUCCCAAGACUGAGGAAUUCCUGAGUGCUUUGAAGAAAAGCCUUGAUGUCUUCAAUAAUCGCAUGAAGGUCUGCAAUCAGCGUGGUCGGCCAGUUUCCGCCGACAACACUCUUCAAACUCUAUUCAGAACUCUUCAUCAGAUGAAUAUGCAGCUGAUGCAGUACUCUGCCGAUCUGGAGACAAGAAGAACGUGUUUGGAAAAGGUGCAGGAUCAGACCGCUCAGAUAAAAGAGGCUCGUGAAGCUCUGGAUUCCCUUCGAAACGAUUACGCUGAACAACGAAGACGUGAAGAAGAAGAAGCUCACCGGCAGCGUCAAAUUCAAAUGAUGCAAAAGGUUGAACACUUGCGGCAGAAAAAGAGGGCUGCAAUCGAGGCUCAGAAUCGCCAGUUAAUGGAGGAAUCAAUGGCCUCCCAACAACUGUAUUCGCAAUAUGCCGGCUACGGUCAUCUAAUGUAUCCGGGUAUGGUUCCACCUACAAUGAUGCCUUAUGGCACACCACAUAUGACUCCUAUGGGCUAUGCCCCGGCUGACUAUUAUGCCGCUCAACAGCAACAGCAGCAGCCACAACAGCAUUAUGAUCCUUCACUCCCACAGCAAUCGCAACAGCAAGUUCAACCUCAAACGCAGUCUCAAGAACAGAUAGGCCAGCAACCCACCAAUGGAGUAGCAGAACAGCAUGCACCGACCGCAAAUAUGGCCGCACCUGUGAGUGAUGACCAAAAUCUCCCGGACUCGUUUAACUUCCAAAGACUGUAUGAGAAGGGUCGGUGA